GAAGGCCAGUCAGUGUUAGGGCUUAUAAUGUGAGGCAAUGAGAGACUCAUUGAGAGUCAGCUUUGAAUCACUCACUCAUUGAAUCUCUGGUCGUGUUUUGCAUUGACUGUCAAUACAUAAGUCAACUGUUAUUUGCAUUCAAUUGAAUUGAAUACUAAUUUGAUUGCUAUUUAAGUAUAUCUAUCAAUAGAUUAAUUGCAAUAACAUUACCAAUAAUUGUCUGUUUAAUACAUUGUUUUGAGUUAUUAAUCAUCGUUUCAAUUAAAUAAUGUAUCCAUUAAGAUGUUGUGUAAAGAAGUACGAGUGGGGCCGCAAAGGUAUGGACAGUGCAGUCGCACGAAUGGUCAAGAAUCAGAUCCCAGAGUAUGUGGUCGACGACGACUCACCACACGCUGAGUUAUGGAUGGGAACCCAUCCGUCGGGUCCAACAAUGAUUGUCAGCUCUGAUCCGGAAUUGGACGGCAAAACACUAUUGAAUUUAUUGCAGACAUACCCUGAAUAUGUGGGAACAGUGAAUAUAGUGAACAAAUAUGGAGACAAUUUGCCAUUUCUGUUUAAAGUAUUAUCUGUGGGAACCGCGCUGUCAAUCCAAGCACAUCCAAACAAGAAAUUGGCCGAAGAGUUACAUCGAACUGACCCAUUUCACUAUCCCGAUGCCAAUCAUAAGCCCGAAAUGGCUAUUACAUUAACUGACUUCGAGGCGAUGUGUGGAUUUCGACCACAUGCAGAGAUUGAGGCAUUUUUGGACAACGUUCCCGAAUUUAGGGCUGUUAUCGGCAAUGAGGCGACCACUAACUAUAAGAAUGCAUCCGACAAAAAACAAGGACUCAAACAAUUAUUUGUGACUCUUAUGUCUGCUCCUGAAACUGUGGUCAUACAGAAUCUCGAAGCAUUGGUUCAAAGGUGGUCCAGAGAGGAAACUAUUGAUCCCGAUAAGGAAGCGCUACGACAACUGUUUCUUAAGCUAUACUCUCAGUUUCCCAAUGAUAUCGGGUGUUUUGCCAUUUUUUAUCUCAAUUAUCUUAAGUUAAAGCCAGGAGAAGCCAUUUACUUGGGACAGGAUGAGCCACACGCUUACAUCGUGGGAGAUUGCAUGGAAUGUAUGGCCUGUUCUGAUAACGUGGUUCGCGCAGGACUGACACCCAAAUUCAAAGACGUCAAAACACUGAGCAAUAUGUUGACAUAUAUUAGCAAAUCAGCUAAAGAGCAGAUUUUUGAACCAAAAAUUGUGGAUGAAUUCACUAAAUCAUUUGUAGUACCGGUUCCCGAAUUUGUCGUCGACGAGAUCAGAGUUGAUGAAAGUCAUGUAAGUCUAGCAUUUGAAUACACGGUAACCAAGAAAGAGAGCGGUUCUAUACUGAUAGUGAUUCGAGGAGAGGCCAGUUGUAAUGGCACUCAAUUGACUCCCGGAUACGUGGGAUUCAUUCCUGCAGUCACUGCACUUACUAUUAAUCAACUCAAAUCUCCACUUCUCAUAUAUAGAGCUUAUUGUAGAACUGAUUGAUUGCUUAAAAAUUAGAAUUUGUCUUAAUUUGAAUUUAACUAAUUGUUUAUAAUUAUAAUAAUGCCUUUAAAAGUAAUUAAUACAAA